CCGUCCCGGCGAUGGCCCGGCCGCGGACGCGCGGGGAGACAGGAGAGGGCGGCGAGCCGGGCGCGGGGACAUGCGCGGCCGCCUGUGGCUGAGCCUGGUGUGGCUGCUGCUGGCGCGGGCGUCCGGCGCCGCGGGGACCCCAAACAGCCCGCGGAGACCGCGCAGCUACCCACACCUGGAGGGCGACGUGCGCUGGAGGCGCCUCUUCUCCUCCACCCACUUCUUCCUGCGAGUGGACCCCAGCGGCCGCGUGCAGGGCACCCGCUGGCGUCACGGAGCUGACAGCAUCAUUGAGAUCCGCUCCAUCCGUGUGGGCGUCGUGGCCCUCAAGGCUGUGCACACCGGCUUCUACGUGGCCAUGAACCGCGGGGGCCAUCUCUACGGGUCGCGGGUCUACACCGCCCACUGCAGGUUCCAGGAGCGCAUCGAGGAGAACGGCUAUAACACCUACGCCUCGCUCCGCUGGCGUCACCGCGGUCGGCCCAUGUUCCUGGCGCUGGAUGGGCAGGGGUCCCCGAGGCGCGGUGGCCGGACACAGCGGCACCACCUGUCCACCCACUUCCUGCCCGUCCUGGUCUCCUGAGGUUCCCAGGGGCCACGAGGAGCAGCUGGACAGAGAUCCCACAAGAUGCCCGAGCUGCACGGCCAGGGGCUGGGGAAGCCCAGGCCCUGGCAAAGCACAUCUGGUCACUCCUCUGUUCCACAAGCAAUAACGGUGUGUCCGCAGUGUGCCGGGCUGGGGACACUGCAGGACCCCCACAGAUGCAGCCUGACUCCCAGGGGGCUCCUGUCUGAGUCUGCGGGGAGGUGGACGCUCAGCUGAGCACAGGCUGCAGGUGUCCGUUCACAGGCUGGGAGGGCACAGAGGCCCCACUCACCACCCGGGACAGAGACUGAAGGAUGUGGCCGUGUGCUCACCGGAAGGUCUGGGAAGGGCACUCCGGGCCGGACCCGGCCCAGGCAGAGGCUCUGAGGUGGGAACCCACCGGUGUCCGAGGCAGGGAGGAGGUCUGAGGGCCGAGAGAGAGAGGGCAACGUGGAUGUGCCUGGGUCACAGGUCCCCAUUCUGGUCCUGGGACCUGCAGAUGUGUCACCCAUGUGGCAGAGGGGACCUUUCAAGGCCCCCUUUCGGGGGGGUGGGGCAGUGUCCUCACGAGGUCCUCUCGAGAGGGAGGCAGAGAGACAGGCAGACCCCGAGCUGCUGGCCGUGAGGAUGAGGAGGGGCCACGGGUGGGCCAAGGGGGCUUCAUGCCAGUGUCCUUCAGGAGCUCAGGGUCCCGGGGAGGCUGUGCCUGCUGCCUGCCGGGCACCCCUGAGCCCUCCCCGCCCAGCACCAAUGGAAGGAAAGGGGGCGGAGCUCAGAGCCCAGGUCCGAGCC